UUUUGCGAAAGACGGCUAUCAAUAGCUGACUGAGAGAUAACAAUCUCCAAAGUAUUUAUUGCGUGAAUUUUAAUUUUAACACGAUGGCCUUUAGCAUCAUAAUUUUCACUCUUCAUAGGAUUUUUGAUAUUUUUUAGCUAAUUAUGAUGGAUUAGUAUCCUUGUUGCGAAAGAACACCUCAUGAUCCCUUUGUCGUUACAUAUGGCGGUGUGCGUGUACAUAUAUUCAUGGACAAAGAUUUUUAAUAUGGAUUGGCAAAAGUGCAAUUUAAGUUAAUGACCAGAUUCUCACAAGUUACAAGCACAUCUACGGCCAAAACAUAAUAAUGACAACCCUAGUGCCAAAAGUUCACUAGAAGCCAACAACACAUGUGUAUGUAGCAUAAAAUAACAGCUUUUAGCAGCGUGAUGCUGCAAAGCAUACAUAAGCGCCAACAUAAACACAAUUACACACUAAUCGAUCCAGCGCAAGUGUAAAAUUGGAAGCAACGAUGCACCAAUCUCCAUAUAUACACAAGAAAUCACCAACUAUGCACGUACAAUAAUCCCCACGAUGGCAUCUGGCAAGGCGACAAAGCCCGGGAUGGAGGACGACAACGACAUGGAGUACUCGUCCGCGGAAUCGGGGGCCGAGGACUCGGCGGCGGAGUCGUCGUCGCCGGUGCUGGCGCCUCCCCGGGCGGCUCCAUCGUCGCGGUUCAAGGGCGUCGUGCCGCAGCCCAACGGGCGGUGGGGCGCGCAGAUCUACGAGAAGCACUCGCGGGUGUGGCUCGGUACGUUCCCCGACGAGGACGCCGCCGCGCGCGCCUACGACGUGGCCGCGCUCCGCUUCCGCGGCCCGGACGCCGUCAUCAACUACCAGCGCCCGCCGGCGGCGGAGGAGGCCGGCUCUUCGUCGUCCAGGAGCGAGCUCGAUCCCGAGCUUGGCUUCCUCGCCGACCACUCCAAGGCCGAGAUCGUCGACAUGCUCCGGAAGCACACCUACGACGACGAGCUCCGGCAGGGCCUACGCCGCGGGCGCGGGCGCGCGCAGCCGACGCCGGCGUGGGCGCGAGAGCUUCUCUUCGAGAAGGCCGUGACCCCGAGCGACGUCGGCAAGCUCAACCGCCUCGUGGUGCCGAAGCAGCACGCCGAGAAGCACUUCCCUCCGACCACUGCCGCGGCCACCGGCAGCAACGGCAAGGGCGUGCUGCUCAACUUCGAGGACGGCGAAGGGAAGGUGUGGCGCUUCCGGUACUCGUACUGGAACAGCAGCCAGAGCUACGUGCUCACCAAGGGCUGGAGCCGCUUCGUCAAGGAGACGGGCCUCCGCGCCGGCGACACCGUGGCGUUCUACCGGUCGGCAUAUGGGAAUGACACGGAGGAUCAGCUCUUCAUCGACUACAAAAAGAUGAACAAGAAUGACGGCGCUGCCGACGCGGCGGUUUCAGAUGAGAAUGAAACCGGUCAUGUCGCUGUCAAGCUCUUCGGCGUUGACAUUGCCGGAGGGAUGGCGGGAUCAUCAGGUGGCUGAAGGGCACGGCCGAUCGGUGCUCUCCAACACGAAGAAGGAACGAAGAACGAGAGAACAUGAACAAGAGAGCUGUUAAAAGUAGGGUAAAAUAAUAGUAGCUGUGUUUGCCAUUGUGUGUGUGUUGUUUAAUCAGCUGUGACCCUUCAUCUAUAGUAUAUGACAACCUGUUUGAUAACCACUUGGGCAGGGGAAUGAGAAU